CCGCGGUGCGUCACGGGAGCUGCGGCGGCGACCUCCCGGCUCCCGCCCCCGCACGCGCCCGCCGCACGCACGCGCACUGCGCCCAGCAUGAGGGUCGCGGCUCUGAUCAGUGGUGGGAAGGACAGCUGCUAUAAUAUGAUGCAGUGCAUUGCUGCUGGGCAUCAGAUCGUUGCUUUAGCAAAUCUGAGACCAGCUGAAAACCAAGUGGGGUCUGAUGAACUGGAUAGCUAUAUGUAUCAGACAGUGGGACACCAUGCCAUUGACUUGUAUGCAGAAGCAAUGGCUCUUCCCCUCUAUCGCCGAACCAUAAGAGGAAGGAGCUUGGAUACAAGACAAGUAUACACCAAAUGUGAAGGUGAUGAGGUUGAAGAUCUCUAUGAGCUUUUGAAACUUGUUAAGGAAAAAGAAGAAGUAGAGGGGAUAUCAGUAGGUGCUAUACUUUCUGACUAUCAGCGUAUUCGAGUGGAAAAUGUGUGUAAAAGGCUUAAUCUCCAGCCUUUAGCUUACCUUUGGCAGAGAAACCAGGAAGAUUUGCUCAGAGAGAUGAUAUCAUCUAACAUUCAAGCAAUGAUCAUCAAAGUAGCAGCUUUGGGCUUAGAUCCUGAUAAGCAUCUUGGGAAAACCCUGGAUCAAAUGGAGCCAUAUCUCAUAGAGCUUUCUAAGAAGUAUGGAGUACAUGUUUGUGGAGAAGGUGGAGAGUAUGAAACUUUCACUUUGGAUUGCCCUUUAUUUAAGAAGAAAAUAAUUGUGGAUUCGUCAGAAGUAGUCAUGCAUUCAGCUGAUGCAUUUGCACCUGUGGCCUAUCUACGCUUCUUAGAAUUGCACUUGGAGGACAAGGUGUCCUCAGUGCCUGACAACUACAGAACAUCUAAUUAUAUAUAUAAUUUUUGAAAAGUGUUUCGGAACAUUGUUCAUUAAACCACCAUUUCUGUACAAAAAAAUUGCACAGUAUUUUCUCAGUUACUAUGACAGUUUUUUUUUUUUCUUACGACUCCUUUUUUUUAGAAAAACAUACUUUCAUUAGAAGAAGUUAAUGGAACCAUUUAUUAAUUGGGAAAAUGUCAAUGGCGUGUUCAUUAAUAGUGCCAACUUUUUUGGGGUUCACUCUCUCUUGUUAACACAUCUUCCCUAUGACCUUUUUUUCUUUUAUUUCAUCUAUAAACCCCAUUUCUGUAGCAUUUCUUUUUUUAUCACACUAGUUUCUUUCCCUCCUCUCUUUCUUGCUGCAUUCCCUACCAAUAAUGUCAUGAUGGAGAGGCAUUUGAAAAUGAUGAAAAGAUAGUCACUUUAUUUAGCCAGUCAAGCUUAUUCUACUGGGUGUCGCCAAAGUGAUUUAUCAUUUUUGUUUUAAAUGUAUUCAUGAUUGAAGGGUUUCAACAUUAUUGGACAAUUAUGAGGCAUGUCCUUAACUCUUACAAGUUAUUUUAUAACUGAUUUUUAAAAUGCUGUUUUUCAGUAUUGCCUAUGUUGACCUUAGAAAACUUUUACUAAAAAAUAAAAUUUAUGUUUUAGAUUUUAAGUUCACAGCGAAAACAGAGCAGAAGAUGCGGAGAUUUCCCAUAUACCCUCUACCUCCACACAUUCACAGCCUCCCCUACUGUCAAUGUCCUACAAUAGAGUGGUACAUUUGUUACAGCUGAUGAACCUACAUUGACACGUUAUUAUCACCCAAAGUCCAUAGUUUACAUGAGGGUUCAUUCUUGGUGUUGUACAUAAUAUGGGUUUUGACAAAUGUAUGAUGACAUUUGUCAACCAGUGUAGUAUUAUACAGAAUAAUUUCACUGCCUUAAAAAGUCCUCUCUGUUUUACUUAUUCAUCCCUCCCUCUCCUUUAACCCUUAGCAACUGAUCUUUUUACUGUGUACAUAGUUUUGCUUUUACCAGAAUGUUAUGUAGUUGAAAUCAUACAGUAUAUAGCUUUUUAGAUUGGCUUCUUUCAUGUAUUAAGAUGCAUUUAGGUUUCUCUAUAUCUUGUCAUGUAUAUGUAGCUCUUUUUUUUUUUUUUUUUAGUGUAGAAUAAAAUUUUAUUGUCUGGUUCUACCAC